AUGAGUCUUCUACAGUAUGGCGUAGUCCGUUUCCCGGAAACAGGCCUUAACGAUGCAGGACAUGUCGCCUUCGCCGCGCGGUUCGGCGAGCUCGAUGAUGUCACCGUGCAACAAGCUAGCAUCCUCCGCGCCGCACAGCUCCCUCCUGCCGGCACAAGCGGCGCAACAGAAUUCGCAGAUUCCCGCUCUGCAUACGACGAUCUACCCCAAGACCUCAAAUCUCUCCGGCAACAGAAAGACUACGUCGCCUGCCACUCCCUUUACCACUCCCGCAAAACCGCCUCGCCUGAAGCGCUCCCGGGUCUCAAACCUGAGGACCACUUCAUGUCCCGUCACUGUCUUGUGCAGAAGCAUGAAGCGAGUGGGAGGAUGAAUUUGUACAUGGCAAGUCAUGUUCAUCAUAUUGGGGGAUUGGAGACGGAGGAGAGUAGGGUGCUUGUGGAGAGGCUUUACGGACUUGCGUGUAAAGGGAAGUAUGUGGUGAGUAUACCGUGGGAUAGGGAGGGAGAUCUGGUGGUUUGGGAUAAUACGUGUGUGAUGUAUCGGAGUACGGGGGGUGGGUUGGGUUUGAGGGAAAGUUUGUUAGAGGUGUGUUAUUGA